AUGAUAACCACACGAAUAAAAUAUUCGUUUUAUGAGCAUUUUCAAUAUCGAACAUAUGGAACAUGCCAAAACGAGAGUUCAGAAAUAUUUUUAACCAUAGCCGUUAUUUCAUCGUAUGAGCGUUUAUUAAUAUAUUUACCUUCGAUGUUCAACACGUGGGUAUUAAGAGCAACGAUUGAAAUUGAAAUCAUUGUAUUUAUUGAAGAGAAAUCUUCAACUACAAAAGUGACAAUUGAAGAACUAUUUCUUAAAUUAAAUCAAAAUAUUAAAGCUUGCUUAUUUAUUGUUAAAUUGAAAAACGUGGAAAAUAGUUAUCCACCGCAAAAAAAAAGUUUUUAUGCAAUGAAAUUUAUUUAUGCAUUUUAUCGCCAUAGGACAUCAUGGUUAUUACGUUUAGACGAUAAUGCUUAUGUUAACAUUGAAGAACUGGGAAAAUGGCUUAAAUCAAUUGAUUCUAAAAAAAACCUAUAUAUAGGCCAAGGAGGGUCUGGAAGACGAAAUGGUGUACCAAUUCAUUUUCCAUCGGGAAAAUAUUUCUGUAUGGGUGGCAGUGGAGUUAUCCUCUCUAGAAGUACAUUAGCAAAGCUUGGUCCUUGGCUUGAUCAUUGUUUUCACAAUGAAACGCUUACUCCACAUGAAGACGUUGAGUUAGGUCGUUGUAUAUUAAAACAUGUUCAUAUUGGUUGUUCGAGAGCCUACAAUGCGAAUUCGUUAUUCUAUCAUCAUUAUGGUCCUCGAUAUUCAUUUGGUCAUGAUUUUACGUCAUCGAUUAUUUCUCAAGCAUUGAUUAUGCAUCCAAUUAAAGAUCAAUAUACAUUUCGACAAAUCUAUGCUUUCUAUUUACGAGCAAAACAAGAACAGAAAUACGUGAAAACUAAUGCAUCGUUAAACGCAUUAAGAUAUAGGAAAAAUGAUGCAACGUUUUUGUCUGAAUUAGAAUUUGAUCUUUCACAACAUGUACUCAGUCGAAAGAUUGAUCCAAGAUGGAGAUUCUAUAUUGAACAAACUGUUGGAUCGUAUAUUGAAAAGACAAGAAUGAGUUCGUAUCGAAGUUCAUCGAAGUGGAUAUUAACUCAGGGCAAAUUUACAUUCGGAUAUCAUCAUGUAACAUCAACGCAUGGCAUCGGUAUCUUAGUUGAAGUUCAAUUGAAUGUUUAUUUAGAUUCGAAAUCUUCAAAUCGACUUGCUACUACUCAAAAGCGAUUUCAUAUUCAUCAGACAUUUGCAAAGAACAAUCGUUUUGAAUAUCGAGAAAUAAAAUUUGAUACAGAAUUAAAUGAAAAUUUAAAUCAAUUAAAUAUUAUUGUUGUUUCAAGUAAUAAAGAUGAAGCUUUAUUAAGAUUUACAAAUAAUUUUGAAAGCGAAGUAAUCAAUGAUUCAACUAGACAUAAGCAUUUUACAUUAACCAUACUUUAUUUUUCACAAAAUACUCGAGCAAAUAAUCGAACUAUUGAGUUUAUUCAUCAAUUAUCAGUCCGAUAUCCAUCGAUUAUUCGUAUAUCAAUUAUUGAUAACAAUAAAACUUCAUAUAAUCGUGGACUUGGCCGCCAAUUAGCUUCGAAAUUAUUUACAAACAAUCAAUUAUUGUUUUUUUUAGACGUCGAUCUUAUAUUUACCGGGCAAGCAUUGGAUAGUACUCGCCGUUUAAUGAUUCAUCAAUUGUCAAUUUCAUCUUGUACAGUGUAUUUUCCUAUUAUAUUUUCUUUUUUUUCUAACAUGUUCGUUACGCGUCAUAAUCCAACAAUUGAUAUCAAUUCAAGAAGUGGUCUAUUCUCUAUUUAUGGUUUUGGUAAUGUUGCUGUGCGCAAGGAAGAUCUAGAUAAAAUUGGCGGAUGGGAAACAAAUAAUCGUGAUUGGGGUUUAGAAGAUGGUAAUUUAUAUCACCGAUUUAAUGAUCCCACAUCAGAUUGUUAUGUAUUUCGAGCGGUUGAACCUGGUUUACGACAUUAUUAUCAUAAAAAAAUGUGCAAUGGUAUUAUGAAUAAAGCACGAGAAAAAAUGUGCAUAGAAGCUGAUGCCAUGUUAAUUGGAUCACACGCAGAUAUGACUAAUUAUUUAAUGAAUACUAAAACUUUGAAAUCUUAA